AUGCCAACAGAAAACCGCAAGCGUGCAGCACGAGCAGUAUGUGCAUUCAAAGGCUUAGUGCCGAGGAAUCGAGAGUUCCGUCCUUACAUUCCGAGAAGAGACAAAGUGGUCAGAUCUGAUUUCCCGGAAUUGAUUGAGCGCACAAAGUACAUGGAACGUAUUUUAAAACGCGUGAUAGAAGGAAUAUCCUUGGAUACCAAGAGUCUGGGGAAAUUGGCGGACGCACUCGACGCCGAUUACCAUGAUAAAGGUGGAAAUCCCUCUGAUCCCCAAGAUGAUGAGGGUCUGAGAAUGGACGACGAGGCUUGUACAAUGGAGCCGGUGGGGGAUAACACAACUCACUUUUCCGGAGAAUUCUCAUAUUGGAAUUUCUCGAUGCGCAUCAAAAGUCAUAUACAAAGCCAAAUCAGAGAACCAGAUACGCGAGUAUGUAUUACCAUUACAGUCAACAUGCAAGUUGCUAGGCUAACAAAGAUCAAACUACAGGAUCCUGAUCAUUCUUCGGACUUUCCACGCGCCCAUCACUUACGUCCAUCAAAUAGCCAUCUAUCAGCGGCAAUCGCAUCUUGUCCUCCUCGACACAUUGCCAAUUUUCUAGUGAAAAUAUUCUUCAAGUACUCAGAAACCCACUACUUCUUGGUACAGCAGUCAUGGAUUCUUUCAAAACUCGACCUACUAUACAAUAACCCAGAAAACUUUUCUCAUAAGGGUGCGGAAGUCACAGUGGCAAUUAUUUUAUCGGUGCUUGCAAUUGGAACACAAUACGCUCAUCUUGAAUCUCUCAGCCAAGCGCCAACAAGCGCAUCAGGUUCAACAUUCUCGGAGGAUGAUGUUGGCACCACGUUCUAUCAACAGGCAAUCCGUCUGCUACCGGAAAUCAUCGAAAUAGCCUCACUCGAAAGUGUACAGGCUUGUUUAUUGUUUGGCUAUUAUGCACUUCCCAUCGACGCUUCUGGGCUUGGGUUCAUAUACAUUAACCUUGCCAUGCGUCUUGGAAUGCAGAACGGUAUGCAUCGGAAAUGCAAGAAUGAGGCCUUUUCGCGCUCCAUGAUUGAAACUCGAAAUCGGGUCUGGUGGACAGCCUAUGUACUAGAGAGGAAGAUAUCUCUCUUUCAUGGAAGACCUCUUUCGGUACUUCGAUCGGAUGUGGAUGCCAACAUUCCUCUCUAUCAAGCAAGUGUUCAGCCACAAGAUUGUCCAGGAAGCAUAACACGAGCAGAGAUCUCAAUUCAACUGGUUCAUUUCCUCGAAGACACCUUCCAUGAAAUCAACCUCCUACGGAAUUGCCAAAAGCAGGAGAUAUCAAAGAUUGUCUCACGCCUGUUAACAACAAAAGACGCUCUGACAAACUGGUGGGAUUCCCUUCCGAAUGAGGUCGUGGCCGUCCAAGCGCAGCAGCCCGAACAUAUUCGCUCAGCAAUGCACCUAAAGCUGGAGUAUUGUCUAGUGCGAAUGUUUUUCGGUAGACCAUUCCUCCUCAAACAAGAAACCACACACUCCAACACAAACUCACCCGCCCACUCGGAGGCAUUCGACGGUCAAUCCCGGUUGACCGAUGGAUCCCAGAAUUCCACACUAGGUCGAAAUGAUCUGAUCACUGACUGCAUUCGAGCAGCAACCGAAGCUCUUGAUAUCUGUAGGGUACUGCGAGAUAGCGGGCUCGGUCUGGCACGAGCCUCGUACAUCGAGUACAGUUCGUGCCGGGCCUCGCUUCUCGUGUUGAUUGCCUACUCAAUUCAGAACUUUUCGGAACAAUUCCGUAAGUCCUUAUAUGAAGGCUUGGAUAUGAUCCGAGAAAUGUCUGCUGCUGGCGAAUCUGCUCGGUCGGAGGUUUCGUUAAUCGAGUCGCUUGAGCGUGCUCUCGCCCGGCUGCAUACUGGAGCGCAAAAAGUGCGCCCGAGCGAGCCCCAGCGAGAUUCAAUGUCCGAUUACGAAGCUUUCAAGAGCUGGGGUGCAUAUCUGGCAGAGAAAGGAAAAAUUGGUUGCUCUGGAUCGGCUCCGAAUGCUUCAACUAGUCAUGCAUCAGCGGCAGCCUUGCCAACUGGCGAUGUUGCUGCUUUUGGAAAUCAACUGGACUGCAUGCCUGAAGCGAGCAGUGACCUGUUCAAUUCCUUUGAUCCUAUGAUUGAGAUGUCGAUAUUCGGCACCGAAAAUCUAUCACCAUCGGUUGGAUGGCCGACUUACACCGAGGCUCAGGUCUUGGAGCAUUUUCUAACGAAUCCGCACUACGGCGCAGGUUGA